AUGUCGAUGUUCCCCUACCCGUCAGGAAUGCUGCACAUGGGCCACGCCAGGGUUUACACCAUCAGCGACGUGAUUGCCAGGUUCCACAGGGCCAAUGGCACCAGUGUCAUCCAUCCUAUGGGCUGGGAUGCCUUCGGUUUGCCGGCUGAGAACGCUGCUGUGGAGCGUAACAUCAACCCUGGCGUCUGGACCAGGGAUAACAUCAAGAAGAUGAAGCAGCAGAUGAACUCCGUGCUGGCUGAUUUUGACUGGAGCAGAGAGGUGACGACUUGUGAGCCAGACUACUACAAAUGGACCCAGAAGAUCUUCCUGCUGCUACACGAGGAAGGUCUGGCCUACAGGAAGGAGGCGGAGAUCAACUGGGACCCGGUGGACCAGACUGUUCUUGCCAACGAGCAGGUGGAUGCUCAGGGCCGUUCCUGGAGAUCAGGUGCCCUUGUGGAGAAGAAGAUGCUGAACCAGUGGUUCUUGGGCAUCACUGAGUUUGCACAUGACCUGAACAGAGACCUGAGCACGCUGGAGCAGUGGCCUGCGAAGGUGAAGUCGAUGCAGAAGCACUGGAUUGGAGAGUCUCACGGUGCAGAGAUCACGUUCCCUUCAACGGACGGCUCUCUGUCGAUCACAGUGUUCACCACGAGAGCUGAUACUCUCCUGAGUGUCCAGUACCUGGCUCUGGCCAUUGACAACUCCAUAGUGAAGGAGCUUGCUAAGUCUGAUCCGGAGCUACAAGAGUUCAUCGCCAGGGCAAAGGAUCUGCCAGAGGACUCCAAGGCCGGGUUUGAGCUCAAAUCUCUGACGUUGAAGAACCCCUUGGACCCAUCAGCCAGCGUCCCUGUGUUCGUAGCACCGUACGUGCUGGGUUCUUACGGCAGUGGAGCUGUUAUGGGAUGCCCAGGUCAUGAUGAACGUGAUUUCGCCUUUUGGAGUGAGAACAAGCCAGGUGCACCGGUGGUGAAGACCGUAUCGCCACGUAAUCCUAAGAAACAGGUCGAUCCUGACGAUGGUCCGUUCACAUCUGAAGGCAUUCUGAAUGCUAAUGCUGGGAAGUUCGAAGGCCUGCCAACGAAGGAGGCCAAGAAGGCCAUCGUCAAGGCCUUGAAGGAGCUUGGUCUCGGUGAUUCGAAAGUCCAGUACAAAAUCAGAGACUGGCUCAUCAGUAGACAGAGGUACUGGGGUGCUCCUAUCCCAAUCAUCCACUGCCCAUCAUGUGGUGAUGUCCCGGUUCCUGACAAGGACCUUCCGGUGCUGUUGCCUGAAGAUGCAAAGAUCGUUGGGAAGGGAAACCCGUUGGCUACGUUGGAAUCGUUCGUCAACACCGAGUGUCCAAGCUGUGGUGGUGCUGCUAAGCGUGACACCGAUACAAUGGACACCUUUAUGGAUUCGUCCUGGUACUACUUCCGUUAUACUGACCCAAAGAACGAAGCACUUCCGUUUGACCACACUAAAGCCACCACUGCCCUUCCUGUUGAUAUCUACAUCGGUGGCAUCGAACAUGCUAUCUUACACUUGCUAUACUCCCGAUUCAUCGCCAAGUUCUUGUGGAAGAAGGGUCUAUGGGAUGGAUCAGAAUCCUUGGGUGAGCCUUUUAAGCGACUGGUGACGCAAGGUAUGGUUCAUGGUAAAACGUAUAUCAACCCGGCAAACGGCAGGUUCUUGAAACCUGAUGAGCUUGACCUGAGUGACCCACAGAAGCCAAGGAUCAAGGCCACUGGUCUCACGCCAGAUGUCGCCUAUGAGAAGAUGUCCAAGUCCAAGUACAACGGUGCUGAUCCAACUGAGUGCAUCGCCAAACAUGGUGCUGAUGCCACUAGAGCACAUAUCUUAUUCCAGGCACCAAUCAGUGACGUUCUUGUCUGGGACGAGUCCAAGAUUGUUGGCAUCGAAAGAUGGUUACGCCGUCUCUUGCAACUCGCAGAACAAGUUCCUCAGAGGUUUGCUGAGGACAGUGCUGUUCCCACGGCUCUCAACGAUAGCGAGAUCAAUUUCCAUAACGAAACUGAGAUCUUACUGAAGUCCAUCACAGAGUCUUUCAGUGAGUCUCUCUCGUUGAAUACUGUCAUCUCUGACUACAUGAAAUAUACCCGUGCUGUUGGUGCUGCUUUGGAGAACGAUGAGGUUGACAACAUGCUUGUUAUGAAGCAAUUCCAGAAACUGAUCGUUGCUGUGUCGCCUGUGGUUCCUGCUACUGCCGAGGAGGCAUGGGAGAUCUUCUUGAAAGAGUUGAAGAUUAAGUGGACAUCCAUCUUUGCUGAGCCAUGGCCUACUCUGGAGCCUAUUAAAGAGUCCGAUUUGACUGUGUACAACAUCUUCAUCAACGGCAAGAUGAGAUUUACACAUGAGGACAUGAAAGACUUCUACACUGAUGAUGAGAACGCAAUUCUCAAUACCUUGCUGGAAGCUCCAGAGGCAAAGAAGUAUCUUGAGGGAAAGACAAUCAAAAAGGUCAUCUGUAAACCAAGAACGAUCAGCUUCGUUGUUGGUUGA